AUGUCAUCAAUUUCAAAUAAUAUUCCAACUUUGCAUUAUUUUAAUGGACGUGGAAGAGGUGAAGCAACAAGAUUAUUGUUGACUUUGGCAGGUGUAGAAUUCAAUGAUAUUAGACAUCCACUUCCAUUCACAGAUGAUAAUGAAAUCAAACAAAAGGCAACCUAUAAACAGCUACCAUAUUAUGUCGAUGGUGAUUUCGAAAUUGCACAAGCACAGGCAAUAGAAAACUACAUUGCUAGCAAAUACAAUUUGGCAGGUGACAAUAUCUUUGAAAAAGCAAGAGUACUAUCUAUCGCCAGUUCAGUGCUCGAUAUCAGAACACCACUCUUUACAAACGAUACCGACGAGAAGAAGCUCAAAUACAAGAAUGAAACACUUCCUCGUUUCCUCUCGGCAUGGGAUAAGAUAUUAGUUGACAAUGGUGGAAAGUAUUUCGUUGGCUCUAAGCUGAGUGCUGCUGAUGUCAGUGCUUACUGUACACUGGAGAUGCUUUAUGCAUUCAACUACAAAAAUGUUGUCGAUAGAUAUCCUAAUCUGACUCUCUUUAAGUCAAAGUUUGAAUCAAUUCCAUCCAUAUCAACUUAUCAAUCAAAGAGACCAGCCAAUCCACUUUUUUAA